CUUAGUGGUUGCUUACUAUUCAAAUGUCCAAGCCUUCGAUUUUAUUUUUCUUGGCCUUCCUUUUAUACAAUUUGUAUGGAUCCUGGGCAGAAAGUCAGGACAAUGGGCGAUCCGUAUGCCUGUUGAACGACCCGCCAAACCAAUGUGGAAAGUUUUGUCUUGGGGCACUGAAGCCAAUGCUCGAUCACAUUGCUUUUCACCAGAUGGAGUGGAGCACUUGCAAUCCCCAAAAACAUAAUGAAACACAGGAAAGACUUGUCAGAAUCGAAGCCAAACUCGACAAGUUGCUCAACCAGGAGGAAGCUUCAUCGACGAAUGCAAAAAUCCUUGACUUACACACGAAACUGGAACGAAUUGAAAACCUACUUGCAGGCCUGCAGGAAAAUGUGUCUACAAGUGUCUCCAACGCUAGUAUAUCUGCUUUGUUCACGCGGAUCGGGUCUAGGUUAAUUUACAUCGAAAAAGAAAUCGAAAAGUCCUGGGACGCUGCUGAAGAAACCUGCCGCGAAAUGGGAGGUCACCUGGCAACUAUUCAGAACGAAUCGGAUUUUACCGCCAUCAAAGAUGAACUAUCGCAUCCUGAGAGCUAUUGGCUAGGCAUUUCAGACGUGGCCAAGGAGGGGGAGUAUGUGUCCGUGGCCACUGGCAAACUUGCACCCUUUCUCAAGUGGGAAAAAAAUCAACCAAACAAUUUAUUUGGAAAAGAUAACUGUGUGGAUAUUUACCGCGGCGAAAUGUACGAUAGCGAUUGUCGCACAAGUCAAUUUUUUAUCUGUGAGGCAAUAUGAUAAGUGAAAUAAGUGAAGUUUGUCAAUUAUACAAAAGGCCUAUUCAACUAUCUAAUACGGAACUGAUACACCUAAUGUAUAAAUAGUUUUGAAAAAAGUUAAAUAAGCUUUUGCGUUUUGGUAACUGCAUUUCUUACUAAUAAACAAGUGUUCAUAUUA